GUGAAAUAUUUGUUCCAUAUAAUUGAUCGUGAAUUACUGCAAACAAUGAUUCUGUUAUGUUCAUUAAUAUUUUCUUAUUGUGGUGUUUCAUCUUGUUCGCAGAUAUGUAAAAGACAUGACGAUACAACAAAGUGUUGUCUGGGAUAUAUUUGGAAUGAGACUCUUGGAGAAUGCUUAGCCUGCAAUGAUGGUUUUAUUGGGGAAAACUGUAGUGCAACGUGUCCUGAACUAUACUAUGGUCAAGAAUGUCGAUUUAAAUGCAAUUGUACCAAAGAUCAAUGCAAUCAUGUAGCUGGAUGUUCAAACUCUGUAUCAGAAGCAUGUGACAAAGGAUAUAUUGGACACAACUGUAGUGACCCUUGUCCUCCUCCAUAUUAUGGUCUGGAAUGUGCGUCAUUGUGCAACUGUACUGAUAACCAGUAUUGUAAUCAUGUACAUGGAUGUAUACAACCACAAGGUGAUGCCUGUCAAAAAACAAAGCUAAAACCAGAGAAACACCAAAGUGUCACGUCUCUUAUGUGUGCUGCAGUAGUUUGUCUGUUGAUCAUAUCUGUAAUUUGUUUCACUUCAUAUGUGUACAUCAGAUUCAGAAUGAAACAAUGUGUAGAUUUUCCACAAGCUUUGUAAGAACUAGUCUAAUAAAAUCGU